CCCCACAUCCACCUUCCUCGACUGGCUGGGCUUGUUAGAGCUCACGCCCGUACCUGUUUGCUAGUUUGCUGAGACACCUGUCAGGGACGAAAGAGUUUUCUUCUGCUCACUUUGGCCACAAUCAGCUGUGUGAAGAGUUGCCCUGUUGGAUAUUAGGGUGGAACAGGUCGCCUGUAGGGGAAAGCACAAGAGAUCCCACCAGAAGAAACAUGUCAAGCGAAGGAGACCGAGCAUCUGUGCUUCGCACCACCAAAGUACGAACAAAGCUGAGGGGAGACGGCAGCUGGCUGCAGCGCCGCGAUGAACCUCAGGCUGAAACUCAGGAGGAGGAAAAGCCAUGGUUGGCAGAAGUUAGAGCCAGGCGUUUGAACGGAACUCCCAUUGAAACAAGCCCAGUUUCCUCACCAGUAAACUCCACGCCGCCACCAGUAAAGUCUGACACUGAGAGUAAACCAGCAACACAAGGAUAUCUGAUCAGAGGUGUUUUUACUAAACUAGAAAAGCCUGUUUCAACUCCAUCAUAUAAUGGCACAAGCACACCAAAAACAUUCACUAAAAAGCCUUCAGAGACCUACAAGAGGAUAGCCCCUCACAUUGUGAGGAACACUUCAGAGAACGCCGAGGGCCAGCUCAGCUUCGAGGAGCAGGAGAGACGGACGGAGGCCGCCCUUCACGUUAUGAAGACAAAAGCAGUCCAAAAACGAUCCUAUGUUAUGUCUGCUGCUAAGCUAUAUGAGACUAAAGAUACACCACCUGACACUUCUGUGGCCACCAGCAGUCCUUCGUUUGUGGCUAGAAGGGUGGAGAUUUUCGAUGAUGCCGACAGCGCGGUGGAACCAUCCCCUGCUGUUCCUCCCACAUCUGCUGCCUCUGCUCCUGCACCCAAACCACAGACAGCCUCCAGUAUUGACACGAUUGCUGCCUUGUCCGACACCCUCAUUUCUUUGGACACAAACCCCAGCAAACCCCAGGACACAAAUACCAGCAGCACUGAGAACAACAAGCAAGAGCUGGCAGAGGAAGAAGGAGGCCCGGUGGACAGUCCCACCCCAGAGGACAGUGUUGAACAGGAGCCAGAUAAAGCGCCCAGAAACGGUGAACCAAUAACUGGCGAUCUCCUAGGUUUCAGUGAUGGUCCAGAAGAACCAGCAGAGCCUGUUCCAUCAAGCCCGGGACGCUGGAGUCAGGAUCUACUCACUGGACUUGGCGGCCUCAGCGUGCAGCAGCAGCAGGAAGAGAAGCAGACGGAUGAGACAGCCGUGGAAACACAAAGCUCGGAUGAUCCGUUUGAUCCAAAUCCGAUAGGGACUGCAUCCCAUAACAGCUCCCCUGACCUGCUUGAGCCCUCCGCUGAUGUUUCCAUCAACAGUUCAGCAAUAGCAGAGGAGACGAGGGAAUGUUCAAGUCCAGAGUCCAUACACGCAGAACCAUACUUUGAAUACUCAUGUCCCAACACAUUGGAACCGACCAAAAAACGAGUUUUCUAUGAAGAAAUCAUCGUGAAGACAAUUCCAUGCGAAAAGGAGCCUGAGAACAAUGCAGAGGAAGAGGAAGAAGUAGAAGAGGAAGAGCAGCUCAAUGUGGUGGAGAAACAACUCCAUGUCUACUUUUUCCCGGAGGAGAAAGUAGAAGGGGAAGAGGAGAAUGAGGAGGAGAACGUAGAAGAAGAAGAGGAAAAUGAGGAGGAGAAAGUAGAAGAAGAAGAGAAGUAUGAGGAGAAAGUAGAAGAAGAGCAGAAUGAGGAGGAGAAAGUAAAAGAGGAUGAGGAGGAAGAUCAAAAAGUAGAAGAGGAAGAGGAGUCUAUGCAAGAAAAGGAAGAUGAGAAGAAAGGAGAGGAUGACGAGAAAGACGAAGAAAGCUCUCAGGAUUCCUGGAACUACACAUGGGAAAUCCCUCAUGAGACAAGCACAGUGGAGAGCCAAGAAGCCACUGCAGAGGACAAGGCUGAGAAUCAGCAGACGGUGAUCAUGUUUGAGAGAAAGUCCACUGAGAAUGACUCCCCUUGGGAUAAAUGGACGACCCCCACUGUUUAUACCAUCUCCACUGGGACGGGAGAUGACGAUGAGGAGGAAGCAGAGGAGGAAGAGCGGCCAGCCGUGGGAGCAGAAGAGCAACGGGUCCCAACACCAGAACUGGAAAGCAAAAAGCCUUUUGUGUAUGUGAAGCAGUACGUCGACGCAACUGAGUCUUUGCUCAAUCUCAGGGACCCAUUCCAGGGGUCAGAUGAUUUUGCACCAAGCUCCAGCAGUUACUUGUACAGUAGCCCCUCCAGCUACAGCAGGGUCUCCCUGUCGUCCACCUGCACAUACUGCAGAAAGCAGGUGGGCAACGAUGCCAAGAUCAGCAUCGAGCAUCUCAAUAUUAACUGCCACCCUGAGUGCUUCAAGUGUGAAGUGUGCAGUAGGCCUAUGGGAGACCUUCUCCACAGUAUGUUCCUGCACAACAAAAAGGUCCACUGCGAGAGCUGUUACGCCACGGUUAUUUAAUCCUCUGAGCUUUUCAUCACCUCCUUAUCCUUGUCCCCCCUCAUUCAUGGUCAUUUGCAUAAUAAGUGAGAAGUAUUCUGAAGUUUGCACCAAUUUCUUUCUUACUUUGCAGUAACGCAUUUUAAAGUGAUAAAAAAAAAAGAAACUGAAAUUGUCAGUCUGAUAAAGUCAUGUGGAACGGUCUAUUUUUUGGGGGGUGAUGAAGUAUGUUUGUGUGUCAGUUACAAUGAAGGAUGUGUUUUAUGUUUUUUUGUAAAGAUUCACGAUAUCAGAUGGGCUUGGACAAUGCAAUUUGAUAACAGGAGGCUCGCUGUGUUUAAAAACCUUUUUGCUUAUUUUACUCAUCCUGAUACAAAAUAGUGUGUUGAAAUGUACAAUGCAUUGCUAACAAAAUAAAAUGACUUACAACA